UGAUGCCGAUGCGAUGGAUGCCUACCGAAGCCGGCCGGCCAUUGAUUGAUCGCAUUCAUUGUAUGUCCGUCUCAUUUACACAUGCCUGCCACUCACUGUCCUUACUGUCUGUACACAGACAUAGCGACCGACACCACAAAGCGUUCGCAUCACCCCACAUAGCAUCAUAGCAUCAUAGCACACCGAAUGUAUGGAUCGCCGGAUGGGAUGGGAUGCCCACCCCACCCGAGCGAGGGUCAUGUAGGUCAUUAUCCCGGUUUCUUUGGGUAUCGAAUCUGUCCCUUGAUGAUGCCCCAAGAGUGGUGCUCGCCCGUCUUCAUACGCUGCAUCGUAUACCUGCCGACAGACAAGACAGGUGUGUCGACAGACAGACAGACAGACAGACGUCCAUCACAUUUGCACAAUGAGUUAGUUGGUUGGUGGGUUGGUCGUGUCACUGUCAGUCACUGUGUGUCUACGUGACGUGACGUGACGUACGUCUUCUUGGGCAUGAGCAGCUUCUGUUGGUCCCAAAUGGCGCUGAAAGUGUGUGGGCUGCUCUCCACCCUCUCGCGGAACUUCUGCAGCUCACGCUUGAACUCGGGCAAGGCUGCCACCUGCAACCACAUACACAUACACACACACGUACACACAAAAGGCACAUGUCCGUGUGUUUGCGUGUGUGUAUGUGUGUGUGCAUGUGUGUGUACCGUACCACAGUGUCGAGGUCCUCUCUGCUGAGAUACAUGAGCGGCCGGCGGGCAAAGUCGCUCACACACAGCACCGGGUGAAUCGCCAACAUGCUGCCGUCGGCUUCCAACUGUGCAGUCAGUACACACAACAUACGUAGACCAACAGACCAUAUGGUAAACCGUGUGUGUGUCUGCCUGCCUGUGGGAAUAGUGCACUGCAGCAUUGCAGCUAGCCAUCUUACUUACCUUGGGCGGGAGCAGCGGGUAAGGCCCCCUGGGCCCCUCCCAGUCCUCAAGGUCGAUGGUCUCGUACGCAUUGAAGACGAAGAACUGACGGCCCCACGGCUCGAUCUGCACACAACACACGCACAGGACAGGCACACACAGGUGGAUGGAUGGAUGGAUGGCCCAUACGCACGCACGUCUAUCUACUCGCAGUAAGUAGGUACUGACUGGAUGGAGCGGCGAUGAGUCUGGCGGGGGCCAUGUGAAGUAGUUCGCUCGACGGUUGCGGAUGUCUGCAGACGACACAACACCACACAUGGUCAGUGCACACACACACACCGUCACGUCACGUCACGUCCUUUGAUGUGAUCUUCCCAUCUCACAUCGAUAGCAAUUCCGCCGAACUGCAAGAAACAAACAAACAGACAGACACACACAUGUUGCACACGCACAGCAAUGCCGUUCACACGCGCAACAAAUCGGUUCACAUCAUCUGGGCAGUCCUUUCUUCUCAGCAUCAUCGCAGCAGCGGCAGCUCAGCUUACGUACGUUUGUUGUGGCGCACUCCCGUCGGGCGCGGGAUGAUGCCAGGCAUCGCUCGCGACAAUUUUUCAGUGCAGACGGCAACAAACUCU